AGCCCCGAUCUAGUCGUAAGUUUCCUCCCGUAUCGCUUCGGAGACGCAGGUGCGCGCUCGUGCGUCGGCAGGGUUUCCCUCCCCGUGCUCCGUGUCGGAUAAGUGAGUGAAUAAAUGACUUGGAAUAAAGGGCGAAGUAACAAGGAAAAAAUAAUAAAAAGGAAAGACAAAAAAGUCAGAGAGGGAGAAAAUCUAGCCUGUGAUGCAUGUCCCGAUCGAGCGCUCGUCUCGGGCGUAACGAGAGAGAAGUGAAGUGACGCCAUGGAGUAUAACGAGUGACGGCAGAGAGAGAGAGAGAGAGAGAGUUAAAAAAGAAUAAAGAUACAAUUAAGAAAAAAAAAUUGAAGAAGAAAGGAGAUAGACGAAGAUUUGUGAAGAUUUUCCUCAGUCCGAGAGAGCUGAGGAAGAUCGAAGCGUUUUGAAAAAAGGAGGGAGAAGAGACGAAGAAAAAAAAAGUGAUUUUCCUUCAGCCUGAAAAAAUCUCUGAGGAAGAUACACUCUCGUCCCCCAUCCCGCCCACGAGCAGCAGGCGUGGGCGGCGUUUGUGUUUUGAAAAGUGUAUUCCGCUUUUGAGAGAGUGUUCCGCCUCUAAAGUGUGUUCCGCCUGUGCCAAGUUUACCGAGCUUUGCAAACAUGGUGUACAGGUGUGAGGAGGUGCUGCUGUCCUACAACAAGUUCAAUGAGACCAAGGACCAGUGGGAUUGCAUCGCGGGCCACACCCAGAAGGGCAUCACCUUCCUGGAGACUUACAGUCACUUCAUCAAGGAGCGGUGCCAGAUUGAGCUCGACUACGCCAGAGGGCUCAGAUUCACCAGUGUCAAAGCAUUUCGGGAUGCUGUGAGCGAGACGGCAGAUCUGGCCGGCCAACAUGAGGUCAUCUCAGAGACACUCACUGCCAAUGUCUACAACGAGAUCUCCACCCUUAUCAAGGAACUCAAGGAGGAGAGGAAAAAGCACUUGGCAGAAGGAAGCAGAGUCCAGCAAAAUCUAUCACACUCUUUACAACAGUUAGAAAAAGCGAAGAAAAACUAUGAGAAGGCAUUCAGAGAGGCAGAAAAGGCACAUGAGAACUUCACAAAAGCAGAUGCUGACCUCCACCUGUCUCGGGCGGAGGUGGAGAAGCAGCGGAUGAAUGCCAGCAUCAAGAGCCAGCAGUGUGAAGAUAGCAAGAAUGAGUAUGCGAAUCAGUUGCAGAAAACUAAUCGCUUGCAGAGUGACCACUACAACUCCAUAAUGCCGGGGAUCUUCCAGUCUUUGCAAGACAUGGAUGAGAAGAGGAUCAACAACUUCAAAAACCUGCUCAAAAAAAGUGUCGAAACAGAGCGCUCAGUCUUCCCCAUUAUCAACAAGUGUCUAGAUGGGAUUAUCAGUGCAGCAGAUUCCAUAGAUGAGAAAAAUGAUUCCAUGGUGGUGAUAGAGCGGUACAAGUCUGGCUUCACCCCCCCGGGUGACAUUCCAUUCGACGAUCUGAGCACCCCAAGACAGAAUGGCGAGAUGACCCCUAACCAUCCACCCCUCAGACACGACACCAUUAAGGGGACAAUAUCUGCUUCCAAACUCAAAAAACGGGGUGGUCUCUUUGGCAUCUUCGGUUCAAACAAGAAUAACUUUUCAUUCUCUGAAAAGGAGGACUUUAGCGACCUGCCACCAAACCAGCGUAAGAAGAGAAUCCAGCAGCGAAUCGAUGACGUCACUUUCAAAUUACACCAAGAGACUGCAGCGAGGGAUGGGUUACUGAAGAUGAAGGAAGUUUAUGAGGGCAACCCCUCUCUGGGUGACCCCAUGAGCAUUAUGGGACAGCUCAACGACUCCUGCCAGAGGAUUGAGAAGCUGCGUGCUGACUUGAAGCGCUACCAGGACCUGUUGGAGGAUGCGGAUGGGGACCCCCAGGGCGUGGGUGGCGGUGCAGCAUCAGGCGGACCCUCCACCCCCAAUGCUUCCCUUGCGCGCCAUCACAGCACUGUUAUGGCGCCCCACCACAACGGGGGUGGUGCUUCCCCUCGCUCCUCCGUCACCUCACACCGCACCUCCCUCAGUGACGAGUCCCUUUCCCGGUCAGCCUCCGACUCCUCCGUCUGCUGCACCAAUCCCCCAUCCUCCUCCAAUACCACCUCCACCACUACCACCACCACCUCCUCCUCCCUCCAGCGCGUCACCAUCUCCACCCUGGCCACCACCACAACCACAACAGCAGGGGAGACCAGCAACCCAACCCCAUCUGACCCGCUGCCCUCUCAGGGCUCGUCCCAUAGUCCGGAGAGUGGCAUUGGGCUCAGCCACAACUCCCUACCCGGCUCCGACACCUACGACCAGGCUGACGGUGCAGAUGAUGACAAUGCUGAGUUUUAUGAUGCGGAGCCUCUGCCUAUCAUUGGGACUUGCCGGGCACUCUACACUUUUGAUGGGACCAGCGAGGGCAGCAUGAGCAUGACUGAGGGAGAGGAACUGAACGUGAUAGAGCUGGACCAGGGCGAUGGCUGGACGCGAGUCCGGAGGAUGAGAGUGUUCGAGGAAGGAUUUGUGCCUACGACCUAUAUUGAAAUGGCCCUCUAUAAUAACUGUUGAACAUUCCUACUGAAUAGUGGUAAUGCUUUACAUAGUAUGGAAGUCAUGUAUAGCCUACAUAUGGUAAUAAAUAAUGGUAAGAUAUCAGAGAAAUGGAGCUGAUGAUUACUGUUUUAAGUACCAGUGACAUUAUUGGAAACACUGAAAUUAUUGCUCUUUAGGAAAAUUAUCCUCUUUUUAUAUAUUCAAAUAUAUAUGAAUCCUCAGUGUUGGAGCAUUGGGAGGGAAGUGAUGUGCAUUUUUGUCAGCAAUUUUUUUCUUCUGCUGGAGUGUGUCCAGUCACUUCACACUGAAUCCGAAAAUCCUCCCAUUUAAAUACAGUGUACUGUUGUUAUCUUUUGACAUUUUUUAUUUCAAUCUACAUAUAAAUUUUCCCAGAAAUAUUGAUUUUUUGUGUAGCCUUCGUCAAGAUUUUUGAUACGUGUGUGUGUGUUUGUGCAUAUACUCUUUUUUAAUGCUCAUUAUUACUCUUUUUUAAAUAGAGAUUCUCUUUGAGUUACUGCAUAUGGUAAUUUGAUGGAUGUCACAAAAGAAAAUAUUUGUUUAAUGGUAUUUUUUAUGUUACCUGUUUAGCAUGUGUGUAUUUUACAUAUGCACCUUUUCUUCCAUUGUAAAUUUGUAAAUGAUUGUGAAGGGACGAUUAGUUCUACCUUUCAUUUUAACAAUUCAACCUUUUUUUCCUUUUUUACUUCACAUCAGUCAUUUCCCAUCAAUAGACCAAGGAAGAGCAGUUUAUAUGAUAUACUGCACACUUUUUAUCAAAGGCAAAGGUGUCGUAAUUGAAAUGACAGCCAGCUCAGGACUCACGAAUUUGAAGAUGCAAAUUGCAUAGUCUCUUCACCAAAUUUGUGUCUUGCUGAAUGGCUGUUGCAUUGCUAUGUCAUGUCUCAUAGCACUUGUGUUUGUUUCUCUAAAGAUAUCAUAAAGACAGGAAAAAAAAUGAUUUAUGAUAAUCUGGGCUAUAGUUUUCUUGUCCCUUUUUUAAAAUGUUUUUGAUCAACCUUGUCAUACAGUUGCUUAUGCAUAUAACAUAUAUAUUUAAUUGUAAUGGAAGUAUUGCCUGACUGAGAAAGUGCUCAAACAUUUUGGUCUUUACUGUGUAUGCAAAUUACUUCUUGGAAAGAAUGUUUCAUCUCAUUCCAAUAACUGAUAAAUCUUCCCUCUAUCUAUUCACAUAAACAUUAUUCUCUUAUUUUGUCUACAUGUAAAGCAUGUGCCAUGAAUGUGGUGUUGAUGUGUGUGAUGAAUGACUGGGUUAUGUAUGCAUAAUGGAGAUAAAACCAUUUCAAUAUCAACCUUUUAUUUUAUUAUUUUUUACAUUAAGUCCUUUUAUAAUGAUGCAUUUUAUUACUGGCUGUGCAUUUCUAAACAGGUUAAAAUCAUGCAGGAGAAACUGUAUCACUUUCUCCGCUUCAUUUUCAUGCAAUGAAAUGGAUGUCUGUGUAAGUUUCUCCAUUAAGCAAUUGAUUAUGAGUGACCAAUGUCUCAAAGAGUUCUUUUCGUGAAGUUUAAACUACAGUCAUAGAUUUAUAUAGUAUUUGUAUGACAUUGUCUCAGCUGUGCCUGGACUCCUGCAAGCUGACUCCCGGCAGUGAUGGAAUUACAUUGCACUUCUGUGAAGUGCCUUCAUAUGUGAAGGGUAAUACUUUUAUAUACUUGUGGAGAUACUCUUUAAGAUACCAUUCAUCUGAUACAGAAAGCUGAAAUAUCUCCUUUGCACAGGACGCUUUGUGGCCAAUACUUGACACAUCCCCCCUAAGAAAACCUGUCAUUUGCAAUGAGUACUACGAUGUACAAUGUGAUCUGAAAACACCUGACUUCACUGUUGCUUAACUGACACAGUAGAUAUUGGCAGAGACAGGUACAUGUGAUCAUUUUGAAGGGCUCUGUUCAGGAGCCCUUUGGCAUAUGCAUCUGUAUUCUCACUAUGCAAUUGUGAGUGUAAGUGACUGCAUGUAUGCCAGUGGUAGAGGGUACCAGUGCAAGUGCUUGUAUAGAUGUGUUUUUUUUUUGUUUUUUUUAUGCUCAGCUAUAACUUCAGUAUCACAAGUUUUGAACCACAGUGUCCAAAGUAGUGGUUUGAUGAGUGAGCUUUAACAGCAUGUGUAGGACUGGUAUUGGCCACACGUUCAACUCAUUUCAUUUGUCUAAAAUAGAGUGUGCAUUGUGGAUACUUUAUAAUUAUCCUUGUGCUGAACCAUGUCAUAGUCUGCAUCAUAGCCUAGAGAGUGACAAGUUGUAUCAUUCCUCUCUCUCUCUCUUACAUGAACUAAAAGUAUUUCAAUUUUUUGACAUCUAUAUGAUAUAGAAUGUCUUUUCACGUAGCACCUUAAGACAGUCAAUUUUAUGCUCUGUCAGUCAGAAAGCAGAAUGUAUAGCUCCACAAGUCAGUCAGUCUAGUGUUGGGCAGGAGCACAGUUGCCCAACAGACACUCCCUGAAUCCACAGCUAUGUGACAAAGGAUGAAUACUAAGGACCCUUUAUUCUUGUUUCAUGGAAACCCUUCUGGCAUCCCGUGGUUUAUCUGUGGAGUGAAACACCUGUGCAGACCCUAUAUAACUCUUGUACAUUUUAUUUGUAUUUUGUACAUAUUUUUGUAUUAUAGUAUGUUUUAUAGAACUCAUUAAGGAGAUGCUUUUUUCAUUGUGCUUAUCAGGGAUUAAUUACACAAUGAUCACAGUGAUCAUUUAAGGCAAGAGAUAACAAAUUGCUUGGCUUUUCAUGUCAGCCUCGUAGUUACACCCUGGUAAAUGAUGUAUUAAUAUUAUAUCUAUAAUAAAAAAGAAUGUCUGUUUA